AAAUCCUACAAUUAUAAUACAAGGCCAUUCAUGCGCACGCGCAGAACUUAUAUUUAUAGUAACUUGCUCGUUCGUGAUUGAGCAAAUUUUGGUGCAGUUCUUAACUCGUAAUCUUUGACUUCAAAAAUGGCACCUAAGAAAAAGGCAGCAGCUAAAGGUGAUAAAAAAGAAGAUAAUGAUGGUGGUGCGGAGGAAAAGCAACCAAAGGGGCCAACGGAAAGGGAGCUACAAAUGAAGGGAGAGUUGGAAAAGGUUACAGCUGAGCUUGAUAAGCUGAAAAGACAAGUUGAAGAUCUCCGCUUAGAAAAUGAAUGGCUGCAACAAGAAGCACAAGAAGUCAGAAUAGAAAGUCAUGAAUACAUGUCAUACAUGACAAAAAAGACACAGAAACGACAAUCAGCUAUUGUAUCACUUAGUGACCGAAAUGCAGAUGAAAUCAAACAAACCAACAACCACAAGGCACAGAUGCUGAAGAACUACGACGACCAAAAAGCAGCUCUACAAGAAGAAAUUCUCGCAAAAGAAGCCGAGCUUGACUCUGCCAAACGGGACUUAGAGAGCCUCAAAGAAUACCAGGUUUUGCAAAAAGAGCAAGAGUCAGAAAUUGCGAGACUAGAAAAAGAGGUGCAUGACAUGAGGGCGACACAUUCUGAUGCGGUGCAAAAGCUGAAAGCAAAGUUCAUCGCUGAAAAAUGUGCUUUCCAAAAGACGUCAGAUGAGAAGAUCAACAAGCUGACAAAGGAAGCAAAUUUGGAGGCCAGGCAGUGCUUACAAGAUCAUACUUGGCGCAUCAAGGAUGAAAACAGGGCUCUGAGAAAAGAACUCCUUGGGCUAAUACAGGACACGCGGGUGUUAUAUCAACACAAAAAACAACUUGAAGAACAACACAAGAUACUUUCUAGGGAAAAACAGUAUGCUGAUAAACUUCAUGAUUUUAGAUAUGAACGACAAGAAGCUUUGUAUGAAGGCUUUGGAUUAAAACCUGAAAAACAUUCGAGUGGAAACGGAGUCUAGGCUUUCAAAUUUUGGCUCUGUGGCCUUCUCCUAUUAGGUCAAUGGUUGCCAUCUUUUGUACUUCAAUUUUGUUUAAAAGUAUUUGUUCGUCAAAUUUCUUUAAAUUUGCAGUUUCAUCGAUGUUGUUAGAAUGAAGUGAAUAUUCAAAAUCAUUUUAAAACAUUUACGCUUGUAAUUUUAGAAACUGCCUAUUUCAACUUUGAAUGUUUAUUAACUCUUAAAAAUCGAUUUAACUGUGAAAUUUUGCACACAUAUAAUUUAUGACAAAUCAAUAUCGAAAUGAAACGACCAGAUUCCUCUUUGGGUGUUAUUUAUAUUCUUGUAGCUAGAUCUUAUUUAUAAAUCUUUGCCCUUGUUAUUAUGAUAUUUAAUUAAUAGAGCUAGCCUUGGGAAUAAAUAUAAUUACAUUUAUCUUUGAGA